GUGUUGCCAACAACGGUCAUACUGGCCAGCCGACAAUCUUGCGGUCCGCAAUUUUUUUGUUUACAUGCUAUUUGCUGACUGAAAAAGUAUUUCACUGCCAUGGAGGACAUACAAAUGGACACCAGUUCGCCCACAGAGUCCAGCUCGGAGGUUAAUUUCAAUACCGAAGAGGAGAAAACCCAGGAAACGCGUGCCGCCGCCGGCGUUUGUUACUGCGGGAAGGAGCGUAAUCUCAAUAUGGUUGAGCUGCUUUGUGCCACCUGUGCCCGCUGGGUACACGAGACCUGCGUGUCCUACCAAUUAGGCAAGGGUAAACUACUGCCCUUCAUCACCAAUUAUGUGUUCGUUUGCAAGAACUGCUCCGCCAGCGGAUUGGAGAGCUUUCGCAAAAGUCAGGCUACCAUAUCUCAGAUGUGUCACUGCGCUAUUGCCAACAUGCAGCAGUCAGCUGCCAGGGAAGGACGUCGCCAGAUACAAUUCAGCAAAGACAAGGAUAUCAUACCGUACAUAGAACAGUAUUGGGAAUCUAUGACCACCAUGCCGCGCAGGCUUACCCAAUCCUGGUACAGCACGGUCCAGCGGUCCCUCGUCAAGGAUGUGCAGACCCUGUUUACGUAUGAGGAACACUCCGAACAUGGCUCCAUGUACGGACUCAUUCACCAGGAUCUGCGGAUCAUUAAGCCCAACUAUGAAAGCAUGAGCAAGAGCGGCGCGUUGCGACUCACCGACGACGGAUAUACACAAGCUUCCCUAUCUAAGAAUAAUCGACAGAAAAGGAAAUUUCCUGGGACGGAUUCAGGGCCCACCGGAAAGAAGGGUCGCCCCAGUUCUGAUAUCACGGCCAAUGUAAAGCUGCCACCACAUGGUUAUCCUUUAGAGCACCCUUUCAACAAGGAUGGAUAUCGUUAUAUACUCGCUGAACCGGAUCCACAUGCUCCAUUCCGUCAAGAAUUCGACGAGAGCUCCGACUGGGCGGGCAAACCUAUUCCUGGUUGGCUGUAUCGAACUCUGGUGCCGCAUUCCGUACUUCUGGCUUUGCACGAUCGGGCACCACAGCUUAAGAUAAGUGAGGAUCGGCUUGCUGUGACGGGAGAGCGGGGAUACUGUAUGGUCCGGGCCACCCACUCCGUUAACCGGGGAUGCUGGUACUAUGAGAUCACCAUAGAGGAAAUGCCUGAAGGAGCUGCCACGCGCCUGGGAUGGGGCAGAGAGUACGGCAACCUGCAGGCUCCCUUGGGGUACGACAAGUUUGGUUACUCAUGGAGGUCUCGCAAGGGUACCAAGUUCACGGAGAGUCAUGGCAAACACUACAGCGACGCCUAUGUGGAGGGCGACACCCUGGGAUUCCUUAUCGAAUUGCCAGAGGAGUCGACGCUUGACUAUCUGCCCAAUACAUUCAAAGAUCGGCCCUUGGUCAAGUUUAAGUCGCAUCUGUACUACGAGGACAAGGACAAGAUUACAGAGACACUAAAGAAUCUACACAUUCUGCAGGGUAGUCGCAUUGAAUUUUUCAAGAAUGGCCAGUCACAGGGCGUUGCAUUCGAGGAUAUAUACGCCGGAAGCUACUUUCCGGCCAUUUCGAUCCACAAGAGUGCCACGGUCAGCGUGAACUUUGGACCCGCCUUUAAGUAUCCCGAUGUACUUGGAGAACAUAAAGCCAAGGGGAUGCACGAUCGAGUGGAGGAGCUGAUCACAGAGCAGUGUCUUGCCGACACACUUUACCUCACAGAACAUGAUGGACGUCUGCGGCUGGAUAAUAUGGGUCUUUAAUGGGAUAAAUUGACUUAGUUCACAGAGCUUUAGGGUCCGUAGUAUAGUACGAAUAAGUAAGAGAACAUGGGUCUAAAGAAUUUUAAUUCGUUAACACAAAAGAAAAAACAUAUUAUUUUUGAAUGCGGUAUUCAUUGGAAAGGUUUUUAAGUGUAACCAUAAAAAGAAAUUAUAUAUUAGAUAUUAAAAGUGGUUUAUCUAUAAAACAAAAGAAAUUAAAAUACCCAAAUUGUAGAAUCCCUUCCUUAA